AACAUUAGGCUUUAUUUGCCCAUUUCAAAGCGCCGAGAAUAUCUGCAGAGCUCCGGGGAGAAAGUGCUGGCCAGUUUCCCGGUGCAGGCCACCAUCCACUUCUACAACGACGACUCCGAUUCGGAGGAUGGGGAGCAGGAGGAGGCCCAGGGGCCAGGGGCAGAGAGCCCGGGAGACACGGAGUGUGGCCCAGGAGGAAGGGGCAGAGACCGGCCGGCACACCCCGCACCGCGAUCCGCAGGGCACGGGGGGCUCGGCGGGAAGGGGGGGCUCCCACACGGUGACGCUCCCGGGGGUGCCGAGUGCUCCUCGUCCAAAUAACGGGGGUCUCCCUCCCCCCACACCUGCCUCGUGUGCCUCUUGGGGACAGCUGUGCCCGGACACUGCAUGGCCCGGGGGCCAGCUGUCCACCAUGGCCAGAGCACAGCUUCCCCUUCUCCUGAGGCGGCUCUUCUUCAGGACACUCGCCGAGAACGGCCUCUGGGACGAGGGGAGGUUUGUGUGCACAGGGUACUCAGCAGGUAGGGCCGACUUCCAGACCCCAUCCAGCGGCCACUGCUGGUCCAGGGAGACCCUCCCAUCAGGCCAGGAGCCCAUCCCUGCCUCUCACGUCACCGGAGACGCACCGUGCAGCUGCUUGUGCUUUUGUACAAGAGAUAUUGUCCACAGGCUCAUGUG